AUGGCUUCCUCUCAAUUCCUCUCCAAAAUCCUAAUCAACAACAAAACCAUUUCCUUCUCUUCCUCUCUCUCCCCUUCCUUCCCUCUCCUUCCCUCCACAUUCUCCCACCGCAAAAGAAAUCCAAAUGCCUUGAGAGUCCAAGCCAAGAUCCGCGAGAUCUUCAUGCCUGCUCUCAGCUCUACCAUGACCGAGGGCAAGAUCGUCUCCUGGGUUAAAUCCGAAGGCGACGUUCUCUCCAAAGGCGAAAGCGUCGUCGUGGUUGAAUCCGAUAAAGCCGACAUGGAUGUCGAGACCUUCUACGACGGCAUUCUCGCCGCAAUUGUAGUUCCCGAGGGCGAAACCGCUCCCGUCGGCGCUCCAAUUGGACUAUUAGCAGAAACUGAAGAGGAAAUUGCGGAAGCCAAGGCAAAAGCUGCCUCGAAAGCCGGUGGUUCGAGUUCACCUGUAGCAGAAGCUGUUACUCCCACUCCUCCUCCUGCUCCUUCCACUCCCGCUCCUGCAAUUUCGCAACCUCCUCCUGCUCCGGCUGCACCUGAGGGGCCGAGGAAGACGACUGCGACGCCGUUUGCGAAGAAAUUGGCGAAGCAGCAUAAGGUGGAUAUCAAUCAAGUGGUUGGAACGGGGCCGUAUGGGAGGAUUACUCCUGCUGACGUGGAGGCAGCUGCGGGGAUUGCUGUUUCGAAGCCGAGUGUGAGUCCUGCUGGGGCUGCUGCCCCUGCUGCGGUGGUUAAGGCUGCAGCGAGUUCUUCAGCUCCUCCCCCACUACCGGCGUCCAAUGUCGUGACAUUUACUACAAUGCAAGCGGCUGUUUCAAAGAAUAUGGUUGAGAGCCUUUCCGUUCCGACUUUUAGGGUCGGGUAUCCCGUGACAACUGAUGCUCUUGAUGCAUUAUACGAGAAGGUUAAACCAAAGGGUGUGACAAUGACUGCAUUGUUGGCAAAAGCUGCGGCGAUGGCACUGGUUCAGCAUCCAGUUGUGAAUUCAAGCUGUAAAGAUGGGAAGAGCUUUACUUAUAACAGUAACAUUAACAUUGCAGUGGCAGUGGCAAUCAAUGGUGGGUUGAUAACCCCUGUUCUGCAGGAUGCAGAUAAGUUGGAUCUAUACUUAUUAUCUCAAAAAUGGAAAGAGUUGGUGGAGAAGGCCCGAGCAAAGCAGCUUCAGCCCCAGGAGUAUAAUUCAGGGACUUUCACUCUAUCCAAUUUAGGAAUGUUUGGAGUGGACAGGUUUGAUGCCAUUCUUCCUCCAGGCCAGGGGGCUAUCAUGGCUGUUGGAGCAUCAAAACCAACCGUUGUGGCUGAUAAAGAUGGAUUCUUUAGCGUUAAAAGUAAAAUGCUGGUGAAUGUGACAGCUGACCACCGAAUCAUCUAUGGUGCUGAUUUGGCUGCCUUCCUUAAUACCUUCGCUAAGAUUAUCGAGAAUCCAGAAAACCUGACAUUAUAA